AUGCUUACCAUUCUUUCUAAUGACAGCGGGAAAAGCCUGGAGGGGAAUUACCAAGACUUACGUGUUGUGGGGUAUUUUGAUAAGGGCACCAUUGUCAUGAUCAUUCUGCUGAUCACCUCAUUGGAUCGGAUCCGUAUCGCAACGUAUGAAUCAUUUUUGAUUGCUCAUAUCGUGCUCUCGAUAAUUACACUCGUGGGAUGCUUUUAUCAUACGGUGAUCUUUGAAGGGAAUGAGUACUGGAAAUACCUAUGGCCUUCGGUAGUUAUCUGGGUGAUUGAUCGCUUGUUGCGGAUCGUGCGGUUGUGUUACUGUAACACACAUGUGAGCCUUUCACAUAAAGGUCUCGUCAAGACCACUGCGACACGCAUGACAUACGACGAAGGAGCUGAUGUGGUGCGUAUGGAGGUCAUUCCUGGAACGUCUUCGCUACACCCUUCACCAGGACAGUAUUACUUCUUGUACCAGCCGUUCAGGCUCACCGGUUGGGAAAGCCACCCUUUUACUAUUGGAGCAUGGUCUUAUGAAACAGGAGACCAGUCCUCGCUUGCACCGACAUCAUUGGAUCAACUAGGAAAACCACCCGAUGUAUCGCAUCUGCCACUUCUUUCAGGUUCAUCCUCUGAUCAAGAUUCUCUUACUAUCCUGGGGGAUGCAUCUCCUGCGGAAAAGGAACAGCAGAUGCUCAAGUUGAUAUUCUGGGUUCGUCCUUACGACGGCUGGACUCGAAAUUUGCGCCAGCAAUGCCUAAGGUCCCCGUCUAUGACGACAGAAGCCGGUAUUCUCCUUGAAGGACCUUAUGGUGAUACAUUCCCUGUCUGGCGAUAUGAAUCAGUGUUGAUGAUCGUCGGUGGAACGGGCAUUGCCUCGGCUGUUCCUUACAUUCAGGAUCAUCUCCGCCGCUCGGUUCAGGACUGGGAACGGGAUUCCCACAACGAGAAAACCCGAGUUCGAGACAUUGAACUUGUUUGGACCGCGAGACAAACGGCGUUCAUUCUAGAUGUUUCUCGUCGAGAAUUGAAAUCUGCCUUUGACCGAGACGAUUUUAGUGCCUCGUUCUACACGACUCGUGAUUCUACGGCUUGCAUGAACGAACCUGGAAUUGAGAUUCAACCAGGGCGACCUCACCUGCAAUCUCUGGUCAUGAGUCGGGCCGCUGAUGCAUGCUCAGCUGGGUCCAGCCUCGCGAUCCUCGCGCUUUUGUCCUCAGCGAUUCCAAACUUGUUUCCCAUCACACUUUUGUCUGUAGGAUCGAUCUUCACGGGAGAUGCGUUCUCAUUAGAGCCUGAUGAUGCAGCUGAGGCCUGA